UUUCAGGACUUUGACACAGGCCAUCCAGCAGAGGGCGAUGUGGACCGGAGCUACGACCCACCCCUACGUCUGGAGAACAGAGCUUCCUACCCCACCCUCCGCCCUCCCCUCCCCCUCACUCAGGAGCCCUCCAACGCCUCCGCGGCAUCACACGAGGACCAGGCCUCCAGGCCCAAGCUACGUCUCCUGGAGGACCUCUCGGAAGCGGGUGGGGGGGCCGGGGGCCCCCACCAGAAGCUGGCCCUGGCGCAGGCCAUCCGGCGACACCAACUGAGGAAGACGUGCGACAAAUACCAGCCCAGCGUGGCCAAUCGGCUGCUCUCGCGGCGGCAGGUGUCCCGGGUCUACGUGGAGGAACGGUCGAGGCUGCUGUACUGCGAGGUGCCCAAGGCCGGCUGCUCCAACUGGAAGCGGGUGCUCAUGGUCCUGGGGGGCAGCGCCGUGUCCCCCGGGGACAUCCCCCACGAGGCGGCGCACAACGCCAACAGCCUCCGCCGGCUGGACGGCUACGACCGCGCCGCCAUCGCCAAGAGGCUCCACGACUACACCAAGUUCCUGUUUGUGCGGGAGCCCUUCGAGCGGCUGGUGUCGGCCUUCCGCGACAAGUUCGAGAGCCCAAACUCCUACUACCACCCCGUGUUCGGGCGGCCAAUCAUCUCCAAGUACCGGGCCAACGCCUCGCGCAGCGCCCUGCGUACCGGCGCCGGCGUGACCUUCCGGGAGUUCGUCCAGUACCUGCUGGACGUGCACCGGCCCGUGGGCAUGGACAUCCACUGGGAGCCCGUCAGCCAGCUCUGCAACCCCUGCCUGCUGCGCUACAACUUCAUCGGGAAGUUUGAGAACAUGGAGGAGGAGGCCAACUUCCUGCUGCGGAGCAUGGGCGCGCCGGGGAACCUCAGCUUCCCCCACUUUAAGGACAGGAACCCCCUGGCCGAGAGGACUUCCUCUAGGAUCACCCAGAGCUACUUUGCAAAGUUGAACUCAAUAGAGCGACAGAAGAUCUACGACUUUUACUACAUGGAUUAUCUGAUGUUCAACUACCCCAAGCCCUUUAAGGACCUGCAUUAAGGGCCGAACAGGACUUUGUAUGAUUGUAUGUAGCAGUCUGACUGAAGUGCUGUUGAGGAAACUGUUCAACCUCAAGGACAGUUUUGGGGAAGCGACUUUGUAUUCAUUGUAGCAAAUAAUUUUACUCUUUAACUAAAUGUACCUUAGUUAAUUAUGGUCUACUUCCUCGAUAGAGCCAGCCAGCAGCACUGAGUUGGUGAAUAAAUGAAGAAUCAGUAUCUGGCUGCUGUCUUCACUGAGUGGCUCUGCAGAAUAACGACCCACACCACUGAAUCCAAAGUCGCACCCUCGAAUAGCAGGGAGCAAUAUGGGAACAUAUACUAGAGACUGCAUCACUAGGUCAUUCUGCAUUCUUAUGUCUGCAUCCGUACCAUUACUAUUGUUGCCUAAUCAGAUAUCAGAGAUUUAAGUACUGGUUGAACUUGAAAGAUUUUCCUGUGUGUCCUUUUUAAUUAUAUAACUUUUUGUGAGUAUUUUAUUUCAUUGGUUUACUUGUAAGCGAAAAGACAAUCCUGUACCUGAAAUUCAUCGAUAGGCCUUCUUCGGCCAUAUUUAGAGACUUUGUUGUUAUUGGUUUAUUCAAUCUGGCAGUAAGUAAGUUAUACCAUUUCUUUUGUUGAUAUUCUCUAAUUGUAAUCAUUCCAAAUACCACUAGGUCAGGGGUUUCGUCCAUGUGUGUUUAUAUCUAGAUUGCAGACCACCAGAGAGUGUGAAACAGCUUAUUGCAACACAAGGCUAUCGACCUUGGUCUUAAAUUUAAACAAUGCCACCACUUUUCCCGAACUGCAUAUAGGGCCCUUUGAGUCUAAUACAAUACAAGAGUAAUCUGCCUUUAUCUAACUUUAUACGUUUCAACAACAGAAAACUUUAUCAGACGCACCAACGUUUUCAGUAUUACUUGUCUUUGUCUUAGCCACUUUGAAGAUGAGUUUUCAGCCUUAACACUGCCAUUUUGCCUAAUGCAUUUAAAUGUCAUGUUGACGGACUUGUGUAAAUAAAAGUAGCCUCCACAUUGAUAGCUUUUCCCUGAUAAUUUCACCCUUUUUGU